AUGAGUGUCCCUACUCAGGAAGCAUUUACCAUGGCCAAUGUGCCAGAGGCUCCAGAAGAUCCGCUUUAUCGUUUGAUGAGAGAGUAUCGGCAAAAUACCAAUGAAAAAAAGAUUGAUUUGGGAAUUGGUGCUUACCGGGAUGAGCAUGGCAAGCCGUGGGUUUUGCCGGUCGUCAAAAAGGCCGAGGCACUUCUUCAAACACCAGAGUUCAAUCACGAGUACCUCCCGAUACGUGGUCUAGACUCAUUCUUGGCUGCAGCGCAGAGGUUGAUGCUCGGCAAUGAUAGCCCAGCUAUCCAUGAAAAUCGGAUAUCUUCCAUGCAAACAGUAUCAGGAACUGGCGCAGUUCACCUUGGAGCGACAUUCAUUUCUCGUUUCUGCCGUGGAACAGCAAGACCCAAGGCAUUCAUCUCCGAUCCCACAUGGCCAAACCAUUACCAAAUCUUCAGCCAAUCCGGGUUCGACGUGCAAUACUACCCUUACUAUUCGGUAGAAUCUCAAAAGAUUGACGUCGAAGCCAUGAUCCGGUGUCUGCAAGAGGCUCCAAGAAAAUCCCUAGUUGUACUGCAAGGCUGUGCUCAUAAUCCCACCGGACUAGAUCCAUCAAAAGAAGAGUGGAGGCAAAUCGCAGAUGUCAUGGCAGAGAAAGGCCAUUUCCCUUUCUUUGACAAUGCAUAUCAAGGCUUCGCAAGUGGUGACCUUACCCAAGACUCAUGGGCAUGCCGAUACUUCAUCGGACGGGGUUUUGAAUGUUGCAUCGCUCAGUCCUUCGCCAAAAAUCUUGGGAUGUACGGGGAGCGUGUUGGUGGCUUUCACUACAUCUGUUCGCCAUCACCAGAUGCCUCUCACAUUGCGGAUCGGAUCUCUAGUCAACUAGCAAUCCUUCAGCGUGCUCAUAUUUCGAAUCCUCCCGCCUACGGAGCCCACGUCGCUAGCCGAGUCUUGAACAACCCCGAGCUAUUUGCUCAAUGGCAACAUGAGCUGGGCAUCAUGAGCGGUCGUCUUAUGAAAGUACGCGAAGAAAUAAGGUCUAAACUCGAAGCUCGAGAAACACCAGGCUCAUGGGCCUUCCUUUCUACCCAAAUCGGAAUGUUUAGUUACACUGGUCUCUCGAAGGAUCAGAUCAGACUGCUUAAAAGUAAAUGGCACAUAUAUAUGACUGAGAAUGGGCGUAUUUCUGUGGCGGGACUGAACCCAAACAACAUGGAGUAUUUCAUAGAUGCGGUCGAUGACGUAGUAAGGGCUUGUCCAUGA